AUGGAUAUUGAUUUUUCGUCGGACUCAAAUACUUUUGUUGCUUGUUUUGGCGCAAUUAUGGAAGCACUCGAAAAGAGUUAUUCCAAUUUAGAAACCCAUGAUAGCAUAAUUUCUCAUACUGAUAAAAUUCUUCAACAAAUUGAACAACAACUCGAAAAUUAUGUUAGUGAAUUAGUACGAAUUGAUAUGUUACUUUCAAUAUGUGCUGCAUUGAAUAAAAUCGGUAUUGAAGAUUUCAAUGUUUUAACAUUUGGAAAACAAAUAGAACUAAUUAAAAGUUACAAACAAAAUUAUGGUCGAUUAUUUCUUCAUCAUCUUUUGAAUGCGCUAAAAAUCGACGACGAAACAACUUUAUUAAAUGAUGCUGUUUUUGUCGCAUCCGAAUUCUUAAAACAACAAUCGACACAUAACAACAAUCAUGGACCUAUGUUUAUUUUUGUUUUAACUGAUGGUUUAUGA